CAUUUAUCAGAUUGAUCUUUUCCUCUCUAAAAAGAAAGACAUUUAAGAAGAUAUUGGUUUUGGAACAAGUGUUUCUACAAUUUUACAAUUGCAAAUGUGCAUACAUUUAGUAUUUCAGAUAUAUGAAAGACAGUGUCUUGAUAUAUUUGAGAUUCCUUAUUACAAAUCAUUGAAGAAAUGGUUAACAUUAUCAGGAUUAUAUCCACCUAGAAAUAUUAUCAUAAUUUUAGUGGCGAUUUCCAUUAUAAGCGUUACUCUGCCAUUGAUGCUCGCAAUAUACACAUCAUUAUGUGCAAAGAAUAUAGAUGCUAUGCUUGAAUGCUUGCCGUCUUUAGGUGUAUGUGUAGUUGCUAUCUUUAAACUACAAAAUAUAUAUAACAACAGUGAAAACUUCAAAAAAUUAUUUACAUUUGUGGCAAAACAAUGGCAUCAAUUGAAAUUAAACAAUGAAAUACGAAUCCUGGAAGAAAUCAUAAUGCAAGGCAAUAAAAUGGCACAAAUAUAUCGAAAUACAUUAUUGGUCGCUAUGAUAAUUUUUUUUUUCGUACCAUUAAUUUUUCCUAUUUUGGACAUUGUUUAUCCUUUAAAUGAAACUCGACCAAGACAACAACUAUAUAGAGUUAAUUAUUUGAUUUUUAACCACGAAGAUUAUUUUUUUUACGUAUAUUUUCAAUUAGUUUGGAGCUCAUUUGUUUGUGUGAUAAUCGUAAUUAUUUUUGAUUGGUUGUAUAUUCUUAUAAUUCAUCAUAAUAGUGGAAUGUUUGCAGUAUGUGGGUACCAAAUUCAAAAAAUAUUCACUGAAAAAGUUUUUUCGAAUAUACAUAUAUACGAACAAUUUAAAAAUUGUUUAAUCGUUCACAAUGAAGCUAUUCAGUUUUUCGAUAUUUUAGACGAGAGUAGUCGAAAUACUUAUUUCUUUUUAGUUGGAACAAAUAUAAUGGCAACAAGCAUAUCAGCUGUACAAAUAGUUUUAAAUUUAGAUAAAUUGGAGAUAGCAAUUAAAAGCGCUGUAUUUCUUAUAGCUGCUCAAUUUCAUUUAUUUAUUCUUAGUAUACCUGGACAAAUACUUUUGAAUCAUUAUUCUAAUUUAAGAAAUAAUAUAUUUAUGUCUGCAUGGUAUAAUAUGCCAAUAGAAAUUCAAAAAAUGUUUUAUGUGAUGCAAAUAAGAUGUAAGAAGCCAUGUUCAUUAACAGCAUAUGGAUUAUACGAAAUGAAUAUGGAGAACUUUGGAACAGCUCUAAAAACGUGUAUGUCAUACAUCACUAUGAUAUUGUCGCUGAAAUAAUGUUAUCCGUAAAACAUCAAAUCAUAUGCAGAUUUAACAAAAAAUUUUAGAGCAAAAUAAAUAUGAUUGUAUAUUGCUAGUAUGAAUGUAUGUAUUGAAUAAUUUAAAUUAUAUUAUUGAAUAUAAGAAUAAAAUUAUCAAAUUACAUUUGUUAUAUAGUAUUUAACGAAUUAUAUGGUAUUAAACGAAACAUUAAAUGUCUUAUCAAAAUUUCACUUCAUGUCGCAAAUAUUCACUGUUUCAAUUAAGAUGAAAUAAUAAACACUAAAAACAUUAAGUAGAUCAAGUCAAACAAUUAUCAUUUUUAUAAAGUUACAAUAGAUAUUUAUAUUCUACAAAUAAUUAUCUUAGAUUCUUUCUAUAAUUAAAAAAAUUUUUAAUUAAAAAUACAAUUUUAUAUUGUUACUACAAAGUACUACAAAUAGAAAUACAAAGAUAUUUUUAGAAUUUAUAAAAAUUCAAUAGAGUGAUAUGAUAAUCUUCGGUCUGUUAUCCAAUACCUUAUUGAAACUAUUAAAUACAAAUCAAUAUUUCAAAGCAAUCAUGUACCUUUAAUUAUAUUGCAUAAGCAGAUACCAUAAAGUUAUUGGAAAAAGAAUUUUCUUAUGUACGAUACAAUUAUUCCCUGUCUUGGAAAUUAUACUUUAAUCUAUAUAUGUCAAGUAAGUGAAUGAUUGGUAGUCAUUUUCAGUAACAUCAAGUAACGUGUUCAAUUGCAUCAGAUUGAUUUUUACAGUUUUAGAAAGAAAAAUACGCAUAGAUUUACAUCACACAAAUUUACUCAAAGACAUUUACUUCAUACUGGUCGUACAAGUUGCAACGUUGCUGUCAUGGAUAUAUUUCAGAAAAUU